UCUUUGACUGCCAAAGGUGGCAUGCCAUCAGGAGUGCGAAGACGAUGACCACACCAGAAACAACUUUCUUCUUACUGCAAUGGUAUUCUCGGCGGCAGCCUGAUAAUCCACAGUUCGAAUUUUAAAUGCCGUCAUGUUAUUGCCUGAAGCGCCGACUUUGUCGGCACCGACGUCGACUUCACAUCCCAAGGCAAGCGAGGAGUCGAAUGGCAGGCACUUGUUGUGUCUGCUGCCUGUCCACGCGAUCACAUGAUGCGGCUUCAUUAUCGGGCAGCAAGAAACCUUGUAAGCCACUUGCAAGCAAGGUAAUCCCUUCGCCAGGUGUAUUCACUUGGCAAGUGAAAUCCGUUGGACAAUCAAUUCAUCCAAAUGAGAAGCUGCAGCUUCUCAUCGCUGACAAGGCGGCUCCUCGCGCACAGUCGCCGCUGACUCGGAACGCUGGACAAAGUAAAACCUCUGCAGCAGGGCCGAUGGCUUGGGAAACCGCUCACAGUAAUAAGUAUCGGAGCUGUGAUGGCUCAAAGCCAAGGACCUGCUGCCCCGAUCUGAAUUGGUAUGUAAUCGUCUCGUUUGUAUAAAAGCAUCCUAGAAAUUUCAAUGUAGU